AUGGACCCCUUCACAACCUUUGAAGGCGCGUCGCAGUACGGCGUCGAUCACGAUGACACGACGUCAAUGUACUCGGCUGCGCCGAGCAACCUCACUGAGCAGGUCCUUGUGCCUCCCCCGCGUACUGGACUCGAGCGGGGUCUCGACGCCAUGUCUCUCAGCUCGCACGUCCACUCCAGCGCCAUGAUGGACUACUAUGACGGCGGCGACGAAUUCCGUGAGGAAGAGCCGUUCGGUUACGGUAUCGACCACGCGUGCAGUUACUGCGGUAUCCACAACCCGCAGUGUGUCGUCAAGUGCCUCCACUGCAACAAGUGGUUCUGCAACUCGCGCGGCAACACGUCAGCGUCGCAUAUCGUCAACCACUUAGUUAAGGCAAAGCACAAGGAGGUCAUCCUCCACAAGGACAGCGCGCUCGGCGAGACCACCCCGGAGUGCUACAACUGCGGAGGCAAGAAUGUCUUCCUUCUCGGCUUCAUCCCCGCGAAGAGCGACACCGUCGUCGUCCUCCUGUGUCGCCAGCCGUGCGCGUCACUCACCAACUCGCGCGACAUAAACUGGGACACGUCGCAGUGGUCAGCGAUCAUCCACGAUCGUUCCUUCCUUUCGUGGCUCGUCAAGGUGCCAUCCGAGGCUGAGCAGCUGCGCGCGCGCCAGAUCCCCAUGUCUCAAAUCGCCAAGCUCGAAGAGAUGUGGCGCGAAAACCCUAACGCCUGCCUCGAGGACGCAGAAGCCCAGCCCGGCGAGGAAGAGAUGCAACCCAUCCUUCUUAGAUAUGAGGACGCAUACCAGUACCAGAACAUCUUUGGCCCUCUCGUCAAGAUCGAGGCCGAUUACGAUAAGCGCAUGAAGGAGUCUCAGGGCGAGAACGACAUCACCGUCCGCUGGGACAUGGGUCUUAACCAGAAGCGCCUUGCGUGGUUCUGCAUGCCCAAGCUCGAGAGUGGCGAAGUGCGCCUCGCGGUCGGCGACGAGCUCCGUCUCCGCCUCCUUGGUGCAAACAUCAAGGGCUGGUCGACCGUGGCCACGUCUGGCAACAUGUGGGAGGGCAUUGGCAGUGUCAUCAAGGUCCCAAACAAUAUGAACGACGAGAUCUGCCUCGAGCUCCGCCGGUCGGACAGCGUGCCGAUUGACUGCACACACGGGUUCGCCGUCGACUUUGUGUGGAAGGCCACCAGCUUUGACCGCAUGCAGGCGGCGAUGCGGACGUUUGCCAUCGACGAGAAGAGUGUGUCGGGCUACAUCUACCACAAGCUCCUUGGCCACGAGCUCGAGCCACAGGUCCUCCGGACUCUGAUGCCUAAGCGCUUCACCGCUCCCAACCUCCCCGAGCUUAACCACUCGCAGAUGGCUGCCGUCAAGGCUGUGCUGCAGAAGCCGUUGAGCUUAAUCCAGGGUCCGCCUGGUACUGGUAAGACAGUCACGUCGGCGUCGAUCGUCUACCACCUUGCCAAGAUGAACCCUGGCCAGGUCCUCGUCUGUGCGCCGUCCAACGUCGCCGUCGACCACCUCUGUGAGAAGAUCCACCAGACUGGCCUCAAGGUUGUGCGUCUCGCCGCCAAAUCGCGUGAAGCGCUCGACUCGUCUGUCGCCUUCCUCGCUCUGCACAACCAGGUCGCGAACAACGACACACGUCCUGAGCUCCAGAAGCUCAUUCAGCUGAGGAACGACCAGGGCGAGCUGAGCCAGAGCGAUGAGAGGAAGUACAAGUCGCUCGUACGCGCCUGCGAGCGCGACAUCCUCAACGCGGCCGACGUCAUCUGCACAACCUGUGUUGGUGCUGGCGACCCUCGCUUGGCCAAGUACAAGUUCCGCACCGUACUUAUCGACGAGGCGACUCAGGCUGCCGAGCCUGAGUGCAUGAUCCCCCUUGUCAUGGGCUGCAAGCAGGCUGUGCUUGUCGGUGACCACCAGCAGUUGGGUCCCGUCAUUAUGAACAAGAAGGCUGCGCGUGCCGGCCUCUCGCAGAGUCUCUUCGAGCGCCUCGUCAUUCUCGGCAACCGCCCCAUCCGCCUGCAGGUGCAGUACCGCAUGCACCCCUGCCUCUCAGAGUUCCCCUCCAACAUGUUCUACGAGGGCACUCUGCAGAACGGUGUCACCGCACCCGAGCGUCUCCGCAAGAACGUCGACUUCCCUUGGCCCGUCACUGACACGCCCAUGUUCUUCCACAGCAACAUGGGCACUGAGGAGAUUUCUUCAAGCGGUACCUCAUUCCUCAACCGUACCGAGGCGUCCAACGUCGAGAAGAUGGUUACCAAGUUCUUCAAGUCGGGUGUUCUCCCUGCGCAGAUCGGUGUCAUCACGCCGUACGAGGGCCAGCGCUCGUACAUCGCCUCGUACAUGCAACUCCACGGCUCACUCAAGAAGGACCUCUACAAAGAGGUUGAGGUUGCCUCGGUCGACGCUUUCCAGGGCCGCGAGAAGGAUUACAUUAUUCUCUCGUGUGUCCGCUCCAACGAGCACCAGGGCAUCGGUUUCCUCAACGACCCGCGGCGUCUCAACGUCGCCCUCACGCGUGCCAAGUACGGCCUGGUCAUUCUAGGCAACCCCAAGAUCCUUAGCAAGCACCCGCUCUGGCUCUACCUCCUGACGCAUUUCAAGGACAAGUCGUGCUUCGUCGAGGGCCCGCUCAGCAACAUGCAGCCGUGCAUGAUGCAGUUCAGCAAGCCCAAGAAGACGCUGUCGAGCUCGAUGAACCAGUACCGCCGCUUCGAGACGUCCGCGAACGAGUACAUUGAGAAGGCAUCUGCCCAGCGCAACGCUGCGGCCGCUCAGCCCAGCCGCUUCGAUCCGGCGUACUACCGCACGCACGAUGCGAUCACGUACGUGUCGCCCGACGCGCAGUCGGUGGUGUCGCAGGCGUUCCCCAUCUCGGCGAUGGGCGCAGGAGGCAAAAAAAUGACGUACACGGGUUACGCGUCGUCUGUCAUCUCUCAGCAGCCGGCCGAGUCGACGGUGGACAACCCUCACGCGCUCGCGCCCAUGUCGUCGCGUGCAUCGAGCAUUGCGUUCUCGCAGUACGACCGCUUGCCGCCUGGACCUGCGCUCAACAGUGGCAACCUCGGUGCCAUCGGGGACAAGAAGGGCCUCGGUCCGCGCAAGCUGUCCAUCGGCUCUGUCACGCCGUCGGAUGCCAUUUCGUCGUACGCGUUCGGCUACAAGGCCGGCGACGACGACACGCAGUCCAUUGCCCCUAGCCAGGCCGGCGUGACUGACUUCUAG